UAUAUAAUGUGUUUAUUAUAAACUGUGAAGCUUGCUUUACGAAAUGGCGCCUAUAAAAAAGAAAAAUUGGGAGAGCUAGUGGGAUACUGGGAAAGAAGAGGAGAAAAAGAUGGGGUCAGGGUAUUCAACAGAUAUGGAAGAAAGCAGAAGAAGUAUGGGUGAUGAAGGAGGAAGGAAGAGCAACACAGAAGUGGAUGAUGAUGAUGAUGAUGAUGAUGAUGAUGGUUUCCCCCACAAUUAUGAGGCAAUUCUGAGAGACGCAGACGACUUUGUUGAUCGAUCCUCCAAAGAGAAGCUGUUUGAGCAGUUGUAUGCUGGAGUUUUCUUGGAUCAAAAGAAGAAAAAGUACUGGGUGGAUAGAAGGUGGAGAAAGAAUUGUUUCAUAUUGUUUGCCAGAGAUGUAUCUAUUACUUGGGGAGAAGACAAACGUUACUGGCAUUGGCCGAUGCACCAAGAAUCCAGUGAAAUCAGUGUUCCAGUGGCAGAACUGCUUAACGUUUGCUGGCUAGAAAUCCAUGGAAGAUUUGAUGUAUCUAAACUUUCGCCGGAAACAACAUAUGAGGUCAUAUUUGUAGUGAUGCUGAAAGAUCCGGCAUAUGGAUGGCAUAUUCCGGUGAACCUGAGGCUCAUUCUGCCGGACGGCAGCCGACAGGAGCGUAAAGAAAAUCUAAUGGAAAAGGCAAGAGGGAAAUGGAUAGAAAUCCAGGCAGGAGAGUUUGAUAUGCGGUCCAUGGCAAAGAAUGGAGAGAUUGAGUUCUCUAUUUACGAAUAUGAAGGUAGUAUUUGGAAGAGGGGUUUAGUCAUUAAAAAUGUUGUUAUCAGGGCAAAGGCGGCUUAAGAUCGCUACUCUAUUGUGUAGCCUUGGUUCCUUAUGGAUAUGAAUACUAAUAUAAUAUGUCAAAAAUAAAGAAAGUUACCAUUAUAUUUA